AUGAAAGAUCUUAAAAACGAAGAAGAGCCAGCCCAAAAAAAGAAUACUCCAUACAAGCUUGAAGGAAGUGAAGAAGUAGGAGUCGAUGACUUUUUAAGCAAUAUUGCAAGUGAAAGAAAGAAAAGAGUUGUAGAUGAAGAAUAUCAAGAGGAUGAGGUGCUUAGUAUUGUUAAUCACAAAAACAAGUGGAAAAAAACCUGGAGCAAAAAGCAACAGAGACUGGAAAGAAGACAAAAAUUUUACUCAAAAAAAAUGUCUUUAUAA